GCACGUUCGGUUGGAAUAUAUUAACUCUUCGACAAAACAUUUUAUUUUCAAAUAGGAACGAAGAAGUAAAAUAUGUGUUCGAAAAUUUACGUGUUUACGUUAAUCGCAGUAUUAACAGUUCAAAUCGCCUCAGGCGACUGGUCUGGUCGAAUCGUUGGUGGUGUUCCUAUGUCCAUAAAAACAAUACCGUAUCAGGUAUCAUUACAAGUUUUGAGUGGGCAUAAAACGUAUCACUUUUGCGGUGGUUCCAUAAUAAGUAACAAAUUUAUUAUAACUGCUUGUCAUUGUACUGACAAUUUGAAAACCCAAAACCUCAAAAUUUUAGUGGGUACAUCUUUCAACAAUCGCGGCGGUGAAAAAAUCAAUGCCUUGAAGAUUAUUAGGCAUCAAAACUACAGUCGGGAAAGUUUAGAUUAUGACAUUGCUGUAAUCGAAUUAGCGGACCGAUUAAAAUUAAGUAAUUCAAUUCAAGCGAUUGCAUUGCCAAAAGCGAAUGAAAGUUUUGCUGAUAAUUCAAUGUGUCUCGUAUCCGGGUGGGGAGACACACAACUACCCAGCGCAUUCCGAUUUCAAAGAAACGCUCUUAGAGCAGUAGAGGUUCCAAUCGUGAAUCAAGAAAAAUGUAACAAUGAUUACAAAAUGCUCGGUGGUAUCACCCCACGUAUGAUGUGCGCCGGGUACGACUUCGGCGGUUUCGAUGCGUGCGCAGGUGACUCAGGCGGUCCAUUAGCUUGCAUCGGACAAAAUAAAACUCCAAAACUAUGUGGAAUCGUGUCUUGGGGCUAUGAAUGCGCUGCACCUCAUUUUACAGGUGUCUACACUCGAGUACAAGUGCUUCUGGAUUGGAUAAAGGAAAAAACUGGUAUAUAAAUUAACAUUUCCAAGUCAAAUAACACAAUCUUGGAAAUGUGAUAGGUCUUUAUCUCAAACGUGUGAUUAAUGUAUGUUAUUAAAAUUUUAUGAUAACCAAACAAACAAUUUGGAUUGUUGAUUUUCUGAGUGGCGCAUCAAAAUCUUAUUUAUCAUUCGUAAAUUAUUAUAAAUGUAUAAGAGUAGUUGGGAGGAAGUUUUUCGGAUAUGUGAAACUUUUUUUAACAACAACCGGAAAAACAGACUAA